UGUUGUCGUCAGGCGGACUGCAGCCGCAGCGGCCGCCUCACCGCACCGCGUUCCCGGCCGUCACCUCAGAGGAAAACGCCCAGAAGCUUCUAGGCUCCGGCGCGCGCGCGCGCGGCUGCGGGACCGAGCAGAUUAUUGGCCAACAAUGAGUAUUCUCUUUGAGAGGAAAUGAUUUCAUCAGCAGAUACAGAGCAGGCAUUGAAAUAUACAAAGAUUUCAGUGGUGUUCCCAUCAAUAGUUGUUGGGUGUGAAAAUCCUUGAAAACCAUUGAGUAACUGGAAAUAAAAACAAUUUCUGGUAGAUUUCCUUUGACGAGGUUCAUCAUGACUACAUCAGCUAUUAGACGGCAGAUGAAAAACAUAGUGAAUAAUUAUUCUGAAGCUGAAAUUAAAGUGCGUGAGGCGACCUCCAAUGAUCCCUGGGGACCUUCUAGUUCCUUAAUGACUGAAAUUGCAGAUCUAACUUACAAUGUUGUGGCAUUUUCAGAAAUAAUGAGUAUGAUAUGGAAGCGUCUUAAUGAUCACGGCAAGAAUUGGCGACAUGUUUACAAGGCCCUGACGCUGUUAGACUAUAUGAUAAAGACUGGAUCUGAAAGAGUUGCACAACAGUGCAGAGAAAACAUAUUUGCCAUUCAGACCCUGAAAGACUUUCAGUACAUUGAUCGUGAUGGCAAAGAUCAAGGCAUAAAUGUACGUGAGAAGUCAAAGCAACUUGUAACUUUGUUGAAAGAUGAUGACCGGCUUAAGUCAGAGAGAACACAGGCUCUUAAAACAAAAGAACGUAUGGCUCAAGUAGCCACAGGAGUAGGAAGCAAUAAUCAAAUUACUUUUGGUCGUGGGUCUAGCCAGCCUAACCUGUCCACCAGUUAUUCAGAACAUGAGUAUGGAAAAUCAGGAGGAUCACCCGCUUCAUAUCAUGGUUCAACCUCUCCACGAGCUUCUUCAGAGUUGGAACAAGCUAGACCACAAACGAGUGGGGAAGAAGAACUUCAACUACAGUUGGCUUUAGCCAUGAGUAGGGAAGCAGCAGAACAGGAGGAUCGCCUUCGCCGUGGUGAUGAUCUUCGACUUCAGAUGGCCUUGGAGGAGAGUCGCAGAAAUUCGUCUGUAUUAGCGGGCAGCACUGCUCCGAAGAAGAAAAAGGCAUCCAUGGUUUCCCUCAUGGAUCCCGCUCCAGCAGCAACAUCGAAGAAAAAUGGACUCUGGGAAAUAUCUGUGAGACCGGUUCUAAUGGACAAAACUGACCCCUGGGGAGGAGCAGGUAGCCCAGUAGCUUCUGACCCAUGGCAAUCACUUGAUUCCAAGCCGACUGCCACUAUUGAUCCUUGGGGUGCUUCUGCUUCUGCUUCUGCUUCUGCUUCAUCUGCGCCACAAACACUUCAUCAAAGUGUAGACCCAUGGACUUCGCAGAGCACAUCUGCUGCUGUGGCAUCUUCAACUGAUCCCUGGGGAUCAGCUCCAUCAGCUGAUUCUAUUUCUGGGAGUACAGCUUUUGACCCCUUCAGCGCGUUAAAUGGUGCAGUAAAAGAUGACUUUGCUGAUUUUGAGGAACUUCGGGCUAACUCAAAAAAGCCAGGUGAGACCGAUGUGUUGGGAGGAAGUUCCAGACCAAGUGGAUCAAUUAGCCCAGAUCUCCUUGACAAUCAACUCAGUAGUUCAGCACCAGCAAAACAGACUACAGCUCGGAAAACUCCAGAAUCCUUCUUGGGCCCUAAUGCAGCUUUAGUGAAUCUGGAUUCUUUGGUAUCCAAACCUAUCCAACCUUCCAGUACAUCUAAUCCUUUUUUGGCUUCAGGUUCAACUCCAGUCCAGACCACUCAGAUAAAUCCCUUUCAAGUUAACCAGCCACAGCCUCCUACUCUGAACCAAAUGCGAGCAAGUCCUUUGAUGGCCACAGGACAGUCUACGUUUGGUACUAUACCUUCUGUUAAUAUGGAGUCUACACUCACUUCCAUGUCAGCACCAGUGGCAAUGGGCAUGGUUCCAGUGCCAAUGAUUGGUAGGAUGGGUACACCAAUGAACAUUACUGGAACAAUGCCCCAGACACUUGUAUCUACAGGCAUUCCUCCGCCUACAUCCCAGCCCUCUACAACUAACCCUUUCCUAUUAUAA